AUGUCUCAGCCAGCUUCCAUCCAAGAUUCUGCACUGCCCACCAGCCCAACAUCUGGUGGUGUUGUGGGCUACCCUUCCACAACGGACAUUGCUUCCACCAUGGAUGCUGCCACCGGCACCAUGAUUGCCCCAGCCUCCAUUCCCGUCCGCGGUGGUACGGACCGCCUGGUUGCUCUGGAGCUCGAGGAUGGCACCGUCUACCAAGGCUACAACUUUGGUGCGGAGAAGAGUGUGUCGGGUGAAUUGGUCUUCCAGACCGGUAUGGUGGGCUACCCCGAGUCCAUCACUGACCCCUCCUACCGCGGUCAGAUUCUGGUGAUCACCUUCCCUCUGGUGGGUAACUACGGUGUGCCCUCGCGGGAGCAGAUCGACGAGCUGCUGCAAUUGCCCACAUACUUUGAGUCAAGCGAAAUCCACGUCGCUGCGUUGGUGGUGGCAACUUACGCCGGCGAGGACUUCUCGCACUUCCUGGCCGAGUCUUCGCUGGGUCAGUGGCUCAAGGAGCAGGGCGUCCCUGCCAUGCACGGUGUGGACACCCGUGCUUUGACGAAGCGCAUUCGUCAAAAGGGUAGCAUGCUUGGUCGCAUGCUGCUGCAAAAGGCCGGCGAGGCCAAUGCCGUCGCCGGGGCUAUCGUUGGAGAAAACUGGAAAUCCCACUUCGAGCAGGUCGAGUGGGUCGACCCCAAUAAGAAGAACCUUGUGGCUGAGGCUUUGGAGCCCCCCGCCGAUGUGGCUCUAAAGCAUCCCUCUGGUCGUCCCGUGCGUGUGCUGUGCUUGGAUGUUGGUAUGAAAUACAACCAGCUGCGCUGCCUGCUCAACCGUGGCGUCGAGGUGAUGGUGGUGCCCUGGGAUUACGACUUCCCAACUCUGGCCGGCAAGGACUACGAUGGUCUCUUUGUCUCCAACGGUCCCGGUGACCCGGCAACUCUGAGCACAACAAUCGAAAACUUGGCGCGCACACUCAAGGACGCCCGCACGCCCGUCUUCGGUAUCUGCUUGGGCCACCAGUUGAUCGCUCGCUCUGUCGGUGCCACCACCUCCAAGAUGAAGUUCGGUAACCGUGGUCACAACAUUCCCUGCACGAGCAUGAUCUCGGGCAAGUGUCAUAUCACGUCUCAAAACCACGGCUACGCCGUGGACGCUUCCAGCCUUCCAGAGGGCUGGGAGGAGCUCUUCGUGAACGCCAACGAUGCCAGUAACGAGGGUAUCCGCCAUACCUCUCGUCCCUUCUUCAGUGUUCAGUUCCACCCCGAGAGCACACCCGGCCCUCGCGACACCGAAUAUCUUUUCGAUGUCUUCAUUAAGACCAUCAUGAAUACCAUCGCUUCGCCCGGGACAUUGUCCAAGCCGGUGGAGUUCCCUGGUGGUCUCAAGGCUGACAAUGUCAAGGCUGCUCCUCGUGUCCACGUGAAGAAGGUCUUGGUGCUCGGCAGUGGUGGUCUCAGCAUCGGUCAGGCUGGAGAGUUCGACUACUCCGGUAGUCAGGCCAUCAAGGCCUUGAAGGAAGAAGGCAUCUACACUAUCCUCAUCAAUCCCAACAUUGCCACCAUCCAGACGUCAAAAGGUCUUGCCGACAAGGUCUACUUCCUGCCUGUCAACGCCGACUUUGUUCGAAAGGUCAUCAAGCAUGAACGCCCUGAUGCAAUUUACGUCACUUUCGGCGGUCAGACUGCCCUCCAGGUUGGUAUCCAGCUCAAGGACGAAUUCGAGGGUCUUGGUGUCAAGGUGCUCGGUACCCCCAUCGACACCAUCAUUACCACUGAGGAUCGUGAGCUGUUUGCCCGAAGCAUGGACUCAAUCAACGAAAAGUGUGCCAAGUCGGCCUCCGCCUCUACCCUGGAAGAGUCUCUGCGAGUUGUGAAGGAUAUUGGUUUCCCUGUCAUCGUGCGGGCUGCCUACGCUCUUGGUGGUCUUGGCAGUGGCUUCGCAGAGAACAUGCACGAGUUGAAGGAGCUCUGCACCAAGGCACUUGCUGUCAGCCCUCAGGUUCUCAUUGAGCGAAGUAUGAAGGGAUGGAAGGAGAUUGAGUACGAAGUUGUUCGUGAUGCCCAAGACAACUGCAUCACUGUCUGCAACAUGGAGAACUUCGACCCCCUCGGUAUCCACACCGGUGACUCGAUCGUCGUGGCUCCUUCUCAGACACUAUCUGAUGAGGACUACAACAUGCUCCGCACAACUGCUGUUAAUGUGAUUCGCCAUCUCGGUGUGGUCGGGGAGUGUAACAUUCAGUAUGCCUUGAACCCCUUCUCCAAGGAAUACUGUAUCAUCGAGGUCAACGCUCGUCUCUCCCGUUCCUCUGCCUUGGCCUCCAAGGCUACCGGCUACCCCCUCGCCUUCAUUGCGGCUAAGCUUGGACUGGGAAUCCCCCUGAACGAGAUCAAGAACUCCGUCACCAAGUCUACUUGCGCCUGUUUCGAACCUUCCCUCGAUUACUGCGUGGUGAAGAUUCCUCGUUGGGAUCUGAAGAAGUUCACUCGUGUCUCAACCCAACUUGGUUCGUCUAUGAAGUCGGUCGGAGAGGUCAUGAGCAUUGGUCGAACCUUCGAAGAAGCUAUUCAGAAGGCUAUCCGCUCCGUUGACUACAACAAUCUCGGUUUCAAUGAGACCGAGGCGCUGAUGUCACUCGAUGAAGAGCUCCAGACGCCCUCCGACCAGCGUCUCUUCGCCAUCGCUAAUGCCAUGGCUGCCGGUUACAGCGUCGACGACAUCUGGAAGUUGACUAAGAUCGACAAGUGGUUCUUGACCCGUCUCAAGGGUCUAAGCAACUUUGGCAAGUCAAUGUCUACCUUCAACGCUUCAAGUGUGCCUAUCGCCAUGAUUCGUCAGGCUAAGCAACUUGGGUUCUCUGACCGACAACUGGCCAAGUUCCUCAGCUCAAACGAGCUUGCUGUGCGACGUAAGCGUGUUGAGGCUGGCAUCACGCCUAUUGUGAAGCAGAUCGAUACCGUCGCCGCUGAGUUCCCUGCCGUGACGAACUAUCUCUAUCUCACCUAUAACGCGUCGGAGCAUGACUUGACCUUCAACGAUCACGGAAUCAUGGUCCUGGGAUCUGGUGUUUACCGUAUCGGUUCCUCUGUCGAGUUCGACUGGUGCUCCGUGCGCACUAUUCGUACCCUUCGCCAGCAGGGCCACAAGACUAUCAUGGUCAAUUACAACCCGGAGACCGUCAGUACUGACUAUGACGAGGCCGAUCGCCUCUACUUCGAGAACAUCAAUCUCGAGACUGUUCUCGAUAUCUACCAGCUGGAGACUUCUAGUGGUGUUGUCAUCUCGAUGGGUGGUCAAACUCCCAACAACAUCGCUUUGCCCCUGCACCGCCUGAAUGUCAACAUCCUCGGUACUUCACCUGAGAUGAUUGAUAGUGCCGAGAACCGUUACAAGUUCUCACGCAUGCUUGACCGCAUCGGUGUCGACCAGCCUGCCUGGAAGGAGUUGACCAGCAUUGAAGAGGCGCGCACCUUCUGUGACAAGGUCGGUUACCCCGUGCUUGUGCGGCCCUCGUACGUGCUCUCAGGUGCGGCCAUGAACACGGUCUACUCUGAGCACGACCUGGCCAACUACCUGAACCAGGCCGCAGAUGUCUCUCGCGAGCACCCCGUUGUCAUUACCAAGUACAUCGAAAAUGCCAAGGAGAUCGAGAUGGAUGCUGUCGCUCGCAACGGUGUCAUGGUUGGUCACUUCAUCUCGGAACACGUUGAGAAUGCUGGUGUUCACUCCGGCGACGCUACUCUGAUCCUGCCUCCCCAGGAUUUGAGCCCUGAGACCGUUCGUCGUAUCGAGGAGGCAACUCGCAAGAUCGGUAACGCCCUCAAUGUGACUGGUCCCUACAACAUCCAGUUCAUUGCCAAGGACAAUGAUAUCAAGGUCAUCGAAUGCAACGUCCGGGCCUCGCGGUCGUUCCCCUUCGUCUCCAAGGUCAUGGGUGUCGACUUGAUCGAGAUGGCCACCAAGGCUAUGAUCAAUAUUCCAUUCCAGGAAUAUCCUCCCACCAAUGUGCCCAAGGACUACGUCGGCGUCAAGGUUCCGCAGUUUUCUUUCUCGCGUUUGUCUGGUGCUGAUCCCGUUCUUGGUGUCGAGAUGGCCUCCACUGGUGAAGUCGCCUCAUUCGGUCGUGACAAGUACGAGGCCUACCUCAAGGCGCUUCUUUCUACGGGAUUCAAGUUGCCCAAGCGCAACAUUCUGUUCUCCAUUGGAUCCUACAAGGAGAAGCUGGAGAUGUUGCCUUCUAUCCAGAAGUUGCACCAGCUUGACUACAAUCUGUUCGCCACUGCCGGUACCGCCGACUUCCUGAAGGAGCACGGUGUCCCGGUCAAGUACCUCGAGAUUCUGCCCGGUGAGGACGACGACAUCAAGUCAGAGUAUUCUCUGACCCAGCACUUGUCUAACAACCUGAUCGAUCUCUACAUCAACUUGCCUUCCAGCAACCGGUUCCGCCGCCCUGCCAACUACAUGUCGAAGGGUUACCGCACUCGUCGUAUGGCUGUUGAUUACCAGACACCGCUGGUAACCAACGUCAAGAACGCUAAGAUCCUGAUUGAAGCUAUUGCUCGGCACUACCCUCUGAACAUUCAGACUGGUGACUUCCAGACUAGCCACCGCACUGUUGUGCUCCCUGGUCUGAUCAACAUUGCCGCUUUUGUUCCUGGUCUGACCACUCUCGGUUCCAAGGACUUCGAGCAGGUCACCAAGGCCUCCGUUGCCGCUGGUUUCAGCAUGGUCCGAGUCAUGCCCGUUGGUGUUGAGGGAUCAAUCACUGAAGCUAGUGACCUGAAGAUUGUCCAGCAGAACGCCCAGGACCAGUCAUACUGUGACUUCAACUUGUCUGUGGCUGCCACUGCUGACAACUCCGACCAGAUUGUUCAAGUGACUGGAGAGGUGGGCUCCCUCUUCAUUCCCUUCAAUCACCUGUCUGGCAACAUCAACAAGGUCGCUACUGUGACUAAGCACUUUGGCGUCUGGCCCUCGAGCAAGCCUCUGAUCACCGACGCCAAGGGUACCGAUCUGGCAUCGAUCCUUCUGCUGGCCAGUCUCCACAGCCGCAACAUCCACGUCAUGAGUGUCACCUCCAAGGAGGACAUCAACCUGAUUGCUCUCAGCAAAGAGAAGGGUCUUAAGGUGACUUGCGAUGUCUCCAUCUUCUCCCUCUUCCUAUCCCAGGACGACCACCCUGCCUGCAGCUCCCUGCCGUCCGCUGAGGAUCAGAAGGCUCUGUGGGACCACAUGAGCACCAUUGAUGUCUUCUCCAUCGGUAGCAUUCCCUACCAGCUUGCUGGUAAGGACGCAACCCCCGAAGUUGGUAUCGCCGAGUCUUUGCCCUUACUCUUCAGCGCCGUUGCCGAGGGCCGCUUGACUGUUGACGAUGUCACCGCUCGCCUCCAUGACAACCCAAAGAAGAUCUUUGAGCUGCACGAUCAGGCCGACUCAUCUCUCGAGAUUGAGAUCGAUCGCCCUUACGUGUUCCAGAGCCCCAAUGGCACAUGGUCCCCAUUCAACGGCAAGAUGAUGCGUGGCUCCGUCCAGCGUGUCGUCUUCCAAGGCAAGACCUCCUGUCUCGACGGCCUCCUCGCCAAGGAUGCUAUCAAGGGCUCUGACAUGUCCACCCACCGCAUCGUUCCUUCCUCGCCUGUGCACAAGCCCACCACCCCAAUGGUUCGUCCGGAGAGUGCUCUUGAUCGACACACCACCCCUAGCCGCCAUGCUCGUGCCCGCGCCCUGGAUGCGGCUGUCCCUACUGUUGGCGAGCUUGGACCUCCCUUGUACGCGGCAUCUUCCCAGGUGUCUUCCGCGCUUUCCGAUAUGCUGUCACGGUCCACGUUCCGCGGCAAGCAUGUUUUGUCUGUGAACCAGUUCACUCGCUCUGACCUGCACCUGCUGUUCACCGUUGCCCAGGAAAUGCGUCUUGGUGUCCAGCGCCACGGUGUUCUUGACAUUCUCAAGGGUCGCGUUCUCGCCACCCUUUUCUACGAGCCCUCCACCCGCACCUCCGCUUCCUUUGAUGCAGCGAUGCAGCGUCUUGGUGGUCGCACCAUCCCCAUCUCCACCGAGCACUCUUCUACCCAGAAAGGCGAGACUCUUCAGGACACUCUGCGCACUCUCGGUUGCUAUGCCGAUGCGGUGGUCCUUCGCCACCCUGAGCCCUCUAGCACCAGCGUGGCGGCCAAGUUCGCCCAAGUGCCCGUGAUCAACGGUGGUAAUGGUUCUCUUGAGCACCCCACCCAGGCUUUCCUGGAUUUGUUCACUAUCCGCGAGGAGCUUGGUACCGUUACCGGCUUGACCAUCACCUUCACAGGCGAUCUCAAAUAUGGUCGCCCUGUCCACUCCUUAAUCAAGCUGCUUCAGUUCUAUGAUGUCCGCAUCCAGCUUGUUUCUCCAAAGGAGUUGGCCCUGCCUGAGGAGGUCCGUCAGCAGAUCGUCGCCUCUGGCCAGCUUGUCGGCGAGUCCGAGGAGUUGACUCCUGAGAUCGUCGCUCGCUCUGACGUCCUAUACUCCACUCGUGUGCAGAAGGAACGCUUCGCCGAUCUUGCGCAGUAUGACCGUCUGAAGAACAGCUUCAUCAUUGACAACGCUCUGCUGAAGCACGCUAAGAGUCACAUGGUUGUUCUGCACCCCUUGCCUCGCAACGCCGAGAUUGCCGAGGAGGUCGAUUUCGACCAACGGGCUGCCUACUUCCGCCAGAUGCGAUAUGGCCUCUACUGCCGAAUGGCGUUGCUCGCCCUGGUCCUGGCUCACUAA